UUGAGCAGAAAGCAUCAACGAUGGUGCCGCCAUCUGGACACCGCCUUAUCUCGAGACCGGCCUCCCCUUUCCCCGCCUUCUCCUCCUUGCCUUCAAAUUCAAAUCCACCGCCUCUCUUCCCCAAAGAACACCAUCAUCGUCUUCAACCUCCCAUCGCCAUUUCUCGCAGAGACCUUGCAUCGCUCUCCUUCCUCUCUCUCUUUCCUUCUCUCUUCCGACCAGCACCUGCGACCGCAUUCUCCAUCGGAAUUUCAGGACCGAAGGAUUGGCUGAAGGAGCAGAAGAAGAAGGCCUCCAAGUUUCUCUUGGCCCCAAUCGAUGCCUCGCGCCAGAGUCUUCACACCGCUUAUCUCUUACUCACGACUAAGGAUUCCGAUUAUUCAAACAAGGAUAUGGAGGAAAUUCAGAAUCUGUUGAGAUCUGCCGCCAGAGAUUGCGUUCCAGGAGAGAGGAAUUCGUUCGUCGCAUUUCAAGCCAAUACCGGAGUCGAGGUUUGCACAUUUCGGCUGAUUGUGAAGAAUGCGUCCUCAUUGCUUCAAAAUAAGGAUCCUGUCAAGUUGCAGGCUGAAGCUAUAUUAAAUUAUCUUAUAAGAUCUUUCACUUCGUUACAAGAUGUGGCAAAUCAAGCUGACAUUAAACUUCCAUCCGAAAGACAGAGGAUAGCAGAUUCACUCAUGGCUACCAUCUCUUCCCUCGAUAAGUUUGAGCAGGGAAUCAAGGACUGUCUUGAAGUUUGACCUUGACCUAUGUAUUUUUUCUCAUGCAAAUGUGUAUAUUAUGCUGAAAUUCAGUUGGUGCUCUAUGUUCCUCAACCUCAUCAUUCAUCAUCUUGAUAAGUAAUAUUUCACCUCUAUUUUGUGUUCUUCGCCUUCAUUAUUCUUGACUUCCAUUGCUUGGUUUUUCUGUUACAUUUUGGGGGGGUUUUUUUUUUUUGAAUGGUUUUAUCUACCACAUGAGCUAAAUCCCAUAAUCUUGAAAGAGAUUCUGGUGUAUUAAUAUUCUUUUAAGGAGCAGCAGCAGCAGAUCAAGAAAAUAGAUUAAUUUUCUAUUCAGCUAUAAGAAUUCCCAAAGUAGGGAAAUUAAAAGAAAAAAAAAAUUGUAUCAGUUACUUAUGAACCGUAUCUGUCUUGUUAUGAAAGUCAAAACUUAAACUUAGGCCUUUUAAAC